AUGUCAGACUCGACUUCCAAUCCCAACGUGAUCCAGCUUGAAGAUUGGUGUCGCGAUGAGCCAGACCAGCAGCUUGGUUCCGACGCCGACACUGAGGGAAUGACUACGCCGGAGUUUUGGGGGUCGUUGGCUGGCGGAAAUUUCCCCUAUCCGGAAAAGGAUGAAGCAGCUAUUGCUUCGUCUUCUAUCCAUGUCCCCGCCAGCUUGCUAGACUGUGAAUAUCUGGAAGGCUUUCAGUCACUUGAACAGCUUCAGCCGGACCCCGGAGCAUUAAAAGCCACUGAGAAGUCAUUUGACGACCCCUUUGGGGCUGCAAGGAUAAAGAGCGCUGCGAGUGAUCACGAAGGUACACUUAGCUGA